AUGGCGACUGCUCCUUCCUUCUGGGCUGCUGGCGGCAGCAAGAUCAAGUCCGCCGACUCCCCGAACCCCAAGAUCGCAGAGGCGCCGCCCAAGUCGAAACCGGAUUCCCAACAGAAGAAGGGUCUGGUACUGAAGGGAAUGACGAACGGCCAGACUACCAACGGCGCAUCGAACGGUCUUUACCCAAAGGCUGCCAUUGGCAAGAAGACCAACUGGGCCGACGAGGACGAUGAUGAUAACACCUUCAUCGCCGAGUUCAUGAGCCAGGAUCCGAAGAUUGCUACCCUCGAGACCACCGUUGCCCUGAAAGAGGAGCGUGUCAAAGAGUUGGACGCACUGGUCGAAACGAAGACGCUUCGUAUCGCUGAGCUGGAAGGUGCGGUCCAAGACAAGGACGUACACAUUAGCGAUCUUGAGACGGAGGUCCAAAAGAAGGAUGUGGAAAUCGAGAAGCUUAAGAAGGUGAAUAGCGACCAGCUCGCUCACAACCAGGAGCUUCUGCGCGAGGCAGAAGAGAAGGACAGCCAGAUGAAGGAUCUGAGGGCUAAGCUUGAAGAGAAGGCUUCGGCCAUCAACAACCUUGAGCGAGCAAAGAAGGCUGCCGCCAUUAGCAGCCUCGAGCAGGAGUCGGCCUCACUGGUUCCGGUGCCCACAAAUGACGAGGUGACCACCGAGGAUGCACCUAAGAACGGAGUCUCUGAGUCCACAAAGUCUAAUGGCACUGAUGUCGUUGCCGAGACCGUGACCAAAGCCGAGAAGACCGCAUCUGUGGCUUCUGAUUCGGAUAGUUUUGAAAUCGUCGAUGCUCCCAUGAUUGAGGAGGUCAAGAAAGAGAAGCCUGCGACCGUCGACACUAAGCAGUCCGAGGGGACCGAAACGGCAAAGAACACCAGCGGCCCGCCGCUCGUCACAUCCUCAUUCCCCAACUUCGUGACGAAAGACACGCUGAAGGUCGUUCCUCCGGCUCCGAAGCCCAAGACCCUGACCUUUGGCAUCGACAUGUCCAAGUACGGGAAGAAGCCAGCCGCGUCUGCUGCUGCAAAGAUUGUACCCACAUCGUCGCCCGUUGCCGAGCUGAACGGACAUACCACACCCUGGGGCCACUCGUCUAGGCAGGCGCGUGACAAGACCGGUCCUAUGCCAGAACUCAAUCCUGCGGCUGACAUCCGUCACAUGUCGCACGGGCAGCGCGUCGUCUUCGGUAACGGCCCUGAAGUCAUCGUCAAGCUUGGAGAGGUUAAGCUGGCCAGUAUUCCCAAGUACGUCCUGAUGCAGUGCUCAGGCAAGGCUUACAAGUACUUUACCGCGAACCCUGACGCGACUUCUUGGGUUUUGCCCGCCGGUUCGAUGGACGCUGAUGCUGCGACCGCACAUCUGAAGUGGAUGGACGAGAUGACCUAUCAGAGCAGGGUCUACUCUGUCCGCCUCCAGACUGAGACGGUAUAUGACAAGAAGAACUUGCACAUCUGCCGCGCUGCUCGUGUCCUGGGCUUGAACAACACCUACGUCGCCCAGUUCACCAAGCAGUUCUGCGACCGGAUCCGUGCCCAGGACGUGUCCUUCGAGUUCAUGGACCUUCUCUGCCAGUUGGCGUACCCGGAGAACGACCCGGUGUUUGACUGCAUGGUCCACAACCUUGUCAACCAGAAGAAGGUUGGCAACGCCAAGGGAGCGGCUGACCUGGAGAAGCUGAUGGCCAAACACCAGUCCCUGAAGGAGAAGGUGGAGAAGAUCGAGAAGCGAAUUGGAGGUCGUCCACGCAAGACCUGGAACUCGCCCGAGGGUAGCGCUCGAGGUGGAAGCAACGAUCGCAGCGGCGGCAAGGGUGGGAACCGUGGACAGCGCGCACCGAGCAACAAGCCUGUUUCGCCAGCGCCUGGCAACAAGCCCGCUGUACCAGCUCCUGGUGACGCACUGUUCACCACUCUUCACUAG